AUGAAGUUCCUCUCUCUUAUCGCCCUCUUCUCUGCCGCAGCCUUGGCCGCCAAGUAUGAACCGGGGACUCCUUGCCACACGAACGAUGAAUGCAACAAGAACUGUAUUGCUGCGAGAUGGACCAUCACCCAUGACGACGGCGAUUACUAUCUGGCAUGCGACACCAAGACAAUGAACCCAACGUACGGUUACCGAGGAACGUGCGAUUCGCUACCUCCUGGUUCGGGUCACCCAAAGCAUUUCGGCGCCCYGAAAUCAGGCCCUUUCCCCGAUGCAAAGAAGACCGAAGAAGCCUGCACGGCAGUUGGUGGCAAAAACUGCCGCGGUGGUUGUGUUGUAACCGCCAAAAGAUCCAGCGACGGCGAUACUCGUGCAUCGUGGGACCAGGCGUGCAAAACUACAAACAGCCCCAGUAGGACUUUAAAACAAUACGCAAACGAGGUUGAAGCGAACGUGAACGCUUUAUGCGAGGAGGCGUCGAACCCCACUAUGUAG